AUGGGUAUCAUGUACGUGACCCAAACGGACGUAAUCACUCUGUCAAACACUAUAGCCGCGGCGGUGCUUUGCUUUUUGCUCAACCGUUUGUGGACCUGGUACCGCCUCCGCCAUGUUCCCGGCCCGCUGCAGAAUGCCUUCUCGUCGCUGUUCCUCCUGAGGACGCAGCUCGGCGGGAAUGUGCACGCGGACCUCAAUGCCUUGCUCCGCAAGCACGGCGGCUCUGGCUCUGGCUCGCACAACCUCGUGCGUAUUGGGCCCAAUGCCGUCCUCACCAAUGAUGCCAAGUUGGUCCAGCGCAUGGAGGCGACGAGGUCUCCGUACGUAAAGAGCCCGUGGUAUGGCACAUUUCGCUUCAUGAAGGGCACAGAUCAUUCAUUCAGUCUCAAUGAUGAAAAGAAGCACACCGAGCUCAGGACCAAGAUUGGUCCGGGAUAUUCCAGCACUCACCUUGCGGAGCAAAGCAUCGACCGGCAACUCCAGCGCUUCAUCGGGCUGAUUGAGCGCAAAUUCCUAUCCAAUGAAGAGACGCACGCCUACCGGCCGGUGGACUUUGCCCUGAUCUCCCACCUCUACAGCAUGGACGUGGUGGGUGACUGGACGUUUGGCCGGCCAUUUGGCUUUCUCGAGGACGGCAUCGACAUUUAUGGCUACAUUCGCUGGAACGAGGAUUUCUUCCCCUUUGUCACCAUGGCCUCGACGUUUCCCUUUUUGUCCAAGGUUCUCCAGACCUGGCCGUUUUCCGAGCUGCUGCCCAAGCCCACUGACAUUGUCGGGCUGGGCAGGUUCAUGAAGGUUGCGCAAGAGGCAGUGGAUGAGCGCCUGAUGGACGGACCUGGUGAUCGCAAGGAUUUGCUGUGCAUUUUCUUGCAGUACGGUCUAACCAAAGACGAGGCCGUGAAUGAGGCACUCGUUCAAGUCGUUGCUGGCACAGACUCGGUAGCCGUCGCCAUCCGCAUGGCCCUCCUGUAUAUCCUCUCCAACCAGCGCGUCUACACCAAACUCAUGGCCGAGCUCGACGCGGCGGCCGCCACGGCCACCCGCCCCAUCAUCCGCGACGCCGAGGCCCGGCGCCUGCCGUAUUUCCAAGCCGUCAUUCGCGAGUCCCUCCGCAUCUUCCCGACCGUGACGCCCCUCAUGUUCAAAUCCGUGCCCCGCGGCGGCGAUCUCGUCGCCGGCUACCAGCUGCCCGGUGGCACCGAGGUCGGCGUGGAUCAGUUUGGUAUCCUCCGGAGCCGCGAGUACUGGGGCGAGGACGCCGACUUGUUCAUUCCGGAGCGCUGGCUCGACGUGGAUAAGGAGCGGGCCGAGGAGAUGGCCGAGUACCUCGAGGCAUCGUUCGGCUAUGGUAAGUACAAGUGUCUCGGCCGGUCCAUUGCCUUUGUCGAGAUCAACAAGACACUGUUUGAGAUAUUACAGAGGUACAAGUUCACUGUCGUGGAUCCGACAUCACCACUCAAGAUGUUUGCGGCGUCCUUUUGGGUUAUGAAGGAGUUUUGGAUGCUGAUUGCCCCACGAGAGUCGACGUCAACCACAAGUGCAGAGACAAUGUCAUGA